AAAAAAUUAUGAAUAUCUCUGCUGGGGCUAAAAGACAGCCUCUUAGACGUAGCGAGUCUGAAUCGGCUGCUUACUCCCCCCAAGCUCGCAACCUCCAACAACAUGUUCGCUUCUAUGGCGAGUGCGCCGUCAUCCCUGAGACCCCCUCUGUGCUUUCCAUGGCUCUCAGGGGAAAUGGGUUACCUGCGAUCCGGACCAAGUCUGUAACUUUAACUUUGCCAGUGACAUGGGGCCAUCAUGCUGUCAUGCAGCUCGAUCAUCAGCACCCCAGUUUGCCUUCUGGCUCUAGGACGUGCAUGACUUUCAAGCUUCCUUGUGUGAGGAAGAAAUCCCUCUCUACAACCAACACCUGUAACGUUUCAAACCUCAAACCAUGCAGGCGACUUCAUUCGUUCUGCUCUAGUGACGAUUUGUCGGCGUCAUCACCCCCAUUAAGUAACCCCACUGCAACAGUGAUCCACCCACCCCCAGUCGUAUUUGAAGCCACCCCUCCUUUGGCUUCAUGUUCCUCGCUUUGUGCCGCUGAAUUACGAGAAUCCCUCAAAUCGACUCCGUACAGCAGUCACACUACUAUUUCUACACCAUCAGAUGACAAUGAUGCUCCACCGCGCGGCGUCCCCGAAACUGUACCUACCCAAUCCACGCCUUCGUCUUCUUCCACCAACUUAUUUAGCAAAUUCCCUCUUCGUCGUCGUUCAUCUAGUGUGUCUUCACAAACGCCACCCUCCCCCCACGUCUCUUCUCAUCCCCAAGCUUCUCAAGCACAGCUCACCCCACUCCGUCCCUGUUGCACCUCUUGCGAGCGCACUCUGGAUCAUUUCCUCGAGAAGGAAGUUCCCGGAGAACCGCUCAAAUGGAGCCCAGGUGCGCGGAAAAAGAAGGACAAAGAUGAGCAAUGGGAAAAGGAUUUUGCAUCAAGGGGCGAGAAGCCAGGUCCUGUUCAGCCUCCGAGGUCAUUUGACUCAUACAUCCAAAAACAACUGGACGAAGAGGCGAGGAUUUUUGGCGGGGAAGACGUUACGAAAGGCUCGGAGCAUUCACUGAGAGUGGACGAAGUCGCAGUGCUCGAAGAGCGGGGAGAAACAAGAAAGCAACUUGGUAUUGCUAGAGAGGGCGAUGAGGAGGUUGAUGAUGAGCUGAAUUUCGUGGAAAAGAGUACUAUCGAGGAAGUAGACGAAGAAGCGGAAGGUGAAAGAGAUCCGUCAUUCGCUUGUUGGGGUGAGAGCGUACACACCCACACCAGAACAACAUUGCAAUCGGCGAAACAGCCGAGUUCUUCUGUUGGGACUCGGACCACGGACAAAGUCCCCGAUCCGACCGCAAUGUCUGAUCAAUCCCGGUCCCGUUCCCAACCAUCUCCCUCUUCGCAGUCCGGGGUAUCGUCGUCUCUGCCUAGACGACCUGCCAUCUCCUCCCCUGCUCCUUUAUCAAGCGCCACCAUCGCAGGUGCACGGUAUCGUGAUCGUUCAAGCUCAUCUCCAAAUCCGCCACCACGCUCGCAACCACCAUAUAGAAGUGGGAAAUCAUCUUUCUGGAGCGGAUUUGGAAGUAUCGGGCGAGUGGUAGGAGCCGCUGGUAUCGGUGCUUGAUUGCUCCAAGUCGAUUCGAUUUGUUUCACCAGAUAACUCUUUGGGUCUUUGGGUCGUACUAUUUUCCUACGAUUGGGUCAUAUUCUCUCCUUCUUGUAUUGGGCUGUAUUGGGUUUUACUUUCUUCUCCGUCCCGAGCCCUUCCCCUUCGUAUCAUUGCUGAUCUGUGGAUAUUUCACGCGUACCCUGCCACUGCGAGAAAAGAAAUGUAUCCCAGGGAUGUGUGGAUACAUAACUCUGGUAGCCUGCUUCUCUUCUAGUCAACGAUUCAGCGCGAGAUGAUCAUAGGAUAAUUUGCAAGCUCCCCUGUGCGUGGUUUUUGCCAUAAGAUCCCCUGACCGCUCGUCAUGUCUAGUAACUGGUGGGUGCCGCCUGGCGUGGCGCCAGCUACUAUCUCCUUUCCCUUUGCGUGAUCGAUUAUUUCAUAAGCCGUAAGUGUGACUGGUGUAUGUGGAAACAGAACCCUUAGUGGGAGGUAAAU